AGAAAGUUCCGUGAAGAUUGAGUACAGAUGACUUUAUUAUUUGAGUGAUAACUUGAAUGUCAUUUCAAGAUGUUUCUUCUGUCUCUGUCUGCAUUUUUUUCUCACCUUGGUAACACAAGAUAUGUGUUUUAUGAUGGGGUGGGUUAAAGUUUAAUGACUUUGUGAUAGUUACAUAUUGAGCCCCGCAGUAAGCCUAUUACCUAUCAACUGCUGCAGACCGUGGCAAACGCACACAGUGAGCCGCCUGUUGCUGAGGCCCUCGAGAGAAAUCAAGGCAUUAAAUAAAGUAUCUAUUGUUCUUGAGCUAUAAAAAAUGGUCACCAAGACAAUAAUUGUGGCACUGGCGUUGCUGCUGUUGGCAUCUGUCGCCACUUUUGUGGGUGUCUUCUUCGGUGUGGAGAGAAGGAAGCAACCGAGUGAGCAGGUGUACUUAAAGGCAGCCGUGGCAGCAGAUGCUGGCCCGUGUUCAGUGGUCGGCAGAGACAUACUCAUGAAAGGGGGAUCUGCAGUAGAUGCCUCUAUAGCGGCUUUACUAUGCGUUGGACUUAUGAACGCUCACAGUAUGGGCAUCGGAGGAGGGCUUUUCUUCACCAUCUACAACGCAACAACUGGGACAGUUGAGACCAUUGAUGCCAGGGAGACGGCACCACGCAAUGCAACAGAGAACAUGUUUGGGAAUAGUACAGAUUUAUCCCAGAAAGGAGGGUUGUCUAUUGCUGUACCAGGGGAGAUUCGAGGUUAUGAGAUGGCACACCGACGACAUGGCAAACUGCCUUGGAAAGACUUGUUCCAGCCAAGCAUUGAUCUUGCAGAAAAAGGUUUUCCUUUGGGCAGGGCACUUGCCUCUGCUCUGUCCAGUCACAAGAAAACCAUCAUCAAGGACCAAGCCCUGUGUGAAGUGUUUUGUGGGGGAAAUGGAGAUGUCCUAAAAGAAAAUGACACCAUCAUAUUUACCAGGCUUGCAGAAACCUAUAGGAAAAUAGCCGAAGAGGGUCCCGAUGAUUUCUACCAGGGACAACUGGCUCAGAACCUUGUGACAGAUAUUCAGGCAGCAGGCGGUAUCAUCACAAUGGAGGAUCUGAAGGAUUAUGUGCCUGUCUUGGAUGAACACCCUUUAAGGGUGAAUGUGGGGGAGUACACCAUGGCUGUUCCCAAUGCCCCCGCUAGCGGCCCUGUGCUCUCGCUGAUAUUAAACAUCUUGAAUGGGUACAACUUCACCUCAGAUAGUAUGGCAAGCACUGAGAAAAAGAUCCUAACCUACCAUCGCAUCGUGGAGGCUUUUCGUUUUGCUUAUGCAAAGAGAACCUUACUUGGAGAUCCAAAGUUUCUCAGCAUCACAGAUCUCAUCCAGAAUAUGACUUCAAGUUUCUACGCCACUGACCUCCGUGAAAAGAUCACAGAUGAUACCACACAUCACAUGAACUACUACGAGCCAGAGUUUUACCUGCCUGAAAACCACGGGACCGCACACCUCUCCAUAAUAGCAGAAGAUGGAAGCGCUGUGGCCGCCACCAGCACCAUCAACCAGUUUUUGGGCUCCAAAGUCAUGUCAAGAUCAACAGGGAUACUUCUCAACAAUGAGAUGGACGACUUCAGCUCCCCGCUCAUCACAAACGGCUUUGGAGUGCCUCCUUCACCAAACAACUUCAUCAAGCCAGGAAAAAGACCAAUGUCUUCUAUGUGUCCAACCAUCCUCUUUGACAAAAACAACAAAGUUAAGAUGGUGGUCGGAGGCUCAGGAGGAACAAAAAUCACUACUUCUAUCGCUCAGGUGAUUCUGAAUGCGCUGUUCUUCAACUAUGACCUGAAUAAAGCCGUGUCAGAUCCAAGGCUCCACAACCAGCUGAGUCCCAACACCACUGUAGCAGAGCCUGGCUUUGACAAAAAUGUCCUGGCUGGUUUGGCAUUAAAGAACCACGAGACAGAGUUCCUCAAAUCACCAGGAGCUGUGGUGCAGGCAGUGGUUCGCCAUGAUGACGGACUACACGCUCAGUCAGAUCCUCGUAAGUGGGGGUACGCCGCUGGGUACUGAGGUCAGAAACACACCUCUGAUUAUGCAGAGAGACUAGCCGUGUGAACCUUGUCACCAAUGGUACGAGCUGAGAGAUUAGAGACUUAAUAAAGAACCAGGAAUGGACGUUGUCAGCUGUCUUGGACACCAAUUGUUCUCUCAUUAAGUUGGAAUAAUGUUCAUGUACUUCAUAACACGCAACUCAGAUAACAGAACAUUGACUAAUUGCUCGUUAUGGCCUUGAAAGUGCCUCACUCUGAAAUUAAUUCUGAACAUUCACUCUCAUGUCCAAUGCAUUUACAUGUCACAACAUCAUUUCAUGUAAUUACGAAAGUUGAAAUAGGAAAACAGAGGUACCUGAAAAUGUUGAAAUCAUUACUUCCACUGAAGAAAUGAGGUGUUUUGUUCACUGUGCCAGUCAUGAUUGUGUACAUUUCCUACCUAUUUAUGAAGCACAUUUGUAAAUCAUUAGCAGUGUAGAGCUGUUUGUUGUUGUAAUAACUAACGACUGAACUCUCCAUUAAGGAAAUAUCCACAGAAAAAAUCAACCAAAACUAACAGAGAGACCUCAAAUAUCAUAUUUUUCAGUCAUUUAAAACUUUAACAUAUUUUACUGUUACCGUUCAUAUGAGGUGACAGCAAACAGAGAGACAGAGUAGGCAGGCUCUGCUGUUACAAUAAAGGACUGUAACAGUCCUACUUAAUAACAGUCCUACUUCAUAACUUACAGUAAUUUCCCUCAACCCAGAGUGCAAUGGCCUAUAAUGACCGCAUAACAACAGUACAGCUGUUGCUGCUCACUGUCACCACUGAGAUUCAGGGCUCAUCUUUUCUCAGCCGGAAUGUAAAUGUGUUACAUAAUUGCUGAAAUGCAUAAAAGUGUAAAAUUAUAAUGCUUUUAUCAACGUUUGGCUACAGAUGACUGGUUCAUAUGUGAUAGUGUUAUAAUACAAAGUGGUUUAACAUUCACAAUGCUUAUUAGACAUAUAUUUAUGGACAAUCUAAGUGUGAAUGGAUCAUUUAUUUAAUCUCUUUUACAAUAGAAUAAUAAACACUUGAAAUGAACAUACUGUAAUUAUUAAAAACUCUUACUAUAUAAAAGUCUUUUGCAUCUUG